GAGAAAGCGACGGCACCGCCUUUCCUUUUCCCCUCCCGGCCCCAGUUGAAGGCCCGGGUACCGCCGGGCAGGCGCGGAACGUCUUGGUGGCGCUGCAGUUGCAGCGAGGAGCUGGAAAGGCUAAGCGUCGCCGCGAUCCUGUGCGCGCGUCAUCGGCGGAGCGUCGAGCGGAGGCUGCUGAGAGUCGGGCUGUUUUGGUGGGAGGCAGCGGCGGAGGAGAGGAGAGGAGAGCGAUGGUCCGCUUCGGCCUCAACUGAGGGGCGUCCGUAGGCCGCGAAAAAAAUGAGUGGAGGAUUAGCACCAAGCAAAAGCACAGUUUAUGUAUCUAAUCUGCCCUUCUCAUUGACAAACAAUGAUUUGUACCGAAUUUUUUCAAAAUAUGGCAAAGUAGUUAAAGUUACAAUUAUGAAAGACAAAGACACACGAAGGAGUAAAGGGGUUGCAUUUAUUUUGUUCUUGGAUAAAGAGUCAGCACAGAACUGUUCUCGGGCACUUAAUAAUAAACAACUAUUUGGAAGAGUAAUAAAAGCAAGUAUCGCUAUUGAUAAUGGAAGAGCUGCAGAAUUCAUCCGAAGAAGAAAUUAUUAUGACAAGUCAAAGUGCUAUGAAUGUGGAGAAACAGGACAUUUAAGUUAUGCAUGUCCUAAGAACAUGCUAGGAGAGCGUGAACCACCCAAAAAGAAAGAAAAAAAGAAAAGGAAGAAAGUAAUUGAACCAGAAGAAGAAAUAGAAGAAGAAGAACAAGAAGAAGAAAGUGAAGAUGAGGGGGAAGAUCCUGCUCUUGAUAGUCUCAGUCAAGCUAUAGCUUUCCAGCAAGCCAAAAUUGAAGAAGAGCAGCAAAGAUCAACCCAAAAUGCAGGGGAUCCUUCCACAUCUGAUUCAAGACGACCACGCAUCAAAAAAAGUGCAUAUUUUAGUGAUGAGGAAGAACUUAGUGACUGAUGUAAAUAUUAUGUAAAUAUAUUUUAUGAAAUAAUAUUACUGUUGUUAACCUUGAUCUCUCUACCCUUGUAAUUAAAAUGUAACUUGAAAGCACCAAAUAUAUAUAGUAUUGUGUGUUUAUGGUGGAAAGUAAGGUAUUUUUCAAGUUUAUUCUAAUAUUUAAAAUCAUUGACAAAUUGUUUCUGUAGAUUCUAAUAUAUUUUAAUAAAAAUGCUUUUAUUUCAGUAAUAGACAUUUUAACAUCUAUUUCAGAAAAAGCAAAUAGUAAUCUUAUACAUGUGUACCUGGAAGUAAGUCCUGUUGUUUGUUUGUUUAUUUUAAUUUUACAUCAUUUAUAUAGCAGCCCAUCUGACUGACUAUAGACAAUGUACAAGAACAAAUAAAACUAAAGUCUAUCUGAAAAAUUAAAACAGUACAGUAGAAAUCCACAUUGUAAUAGAAGAUGGAUGUCCUGCAACUACCCUACGGUCUCAAGAUUCAGCUGAAAUGGAGUGGCAUAAGGCCAUCCUCAACACAAGGAAGAAAGGAGCCAAUUGCACCUCUGGGGAUAAUAUAUUCCACAAUGUAGACUCCAGAGAGUUUGCUCCCAG